GUUCUUUUUUCUCCUUCUUGGCGGCUGCCCGAUGGCACCUUUUGCCGCUGCUCUGAUAGAAGAAAUUGCAUUGCCUGAAGGCGGCAUUUUUGUCUUGCAAUAUGUGUUUCAAACAAUAUUUGGAGCCCUCCACAUUCAAAUGGGAACACUCGUAGGGCUGGUAGGCGCAUCGCCUUUUAUCCUUCAGUUCCAUCUUCACUUGAGCCCUUAGGACUUGUUCAUUUCGGGACAUUAUUAUUUUAUUUAAAAUAUUCCACUAUUUGCUGAAAAAUUCAUAAUUAUUAUUAUUUAUAAUUUGUUUUGUGUUUUUUUUUUUUUUUCGGGUUAUGUUCAAACAAUUAAAUCGAUAAGGCACCAGAUGGCGUACAGGUAAAGCUCCCACCCAAUCAGAUUUAGAUGUUCGUACUUCCCGCCUUAAUUACAACGAGGUCGACCAAUGAGAAUUGAGAAUAAUCUAACCCAUUUCCGUUAUCUUGUCAGUCAAAAGUGUCAACCUCCAAAAUGAUUUUUAGGCAGUUUAAUGUUUUCUUUAAAGCAUUUGAGUGACUAUUCGGCCUUAUUUGAUGGGAAUUUGUGUGUUUUAAAUUAAAAAGUGAUUUAACGGACACUUUCUAGUGCCAAUACUUGAAAAAUAUUUAGUAGAAAAUAGACAGUGUUGACAGUUGUACUUACCGUGGUAGGUCGGCCAUCGAGCAGUGAAUAACAUCUUUCCACGACUGCCGUGUAUGUAUUUUACAAAUUUAUUAAUAAUUUACCUUAUUUCGCAUAUAAAAAUUAUCGCAAACUCUAAAGCAAACCGUACUCGACACGUUCACACUAACUUUUCGUAUUUAACUCUCGAAAAACCACUUAAAAUCACUAACUUUGUGACGGGAGUUGGACUUCGUGGAAAUCCCAAUAUAGAAGUGACGCAUACACGAUUAUCAAAGGGACUUUAUUACAUUUUCAAAACUCGUGCUAGUGAUUGACAAAAGUCCCAUUAAAUAGGCGUGAUCAUUUAUUUGAAAAAGCGAUGCUUUUCAAUUGUAAAUUUACUAUUCAAUGAAUCGAAAUUUCACUAUAAUAAUAAAACGUAGCGCCAUCUAUUUCACUGACCACAUUUUCGUGUCGUGUAAGUGUAAAUGGCAGGCCCGAGCCCGAGCCCUAGUCCUGGUAGUUGUAGCGAUAAAUGGUAUUUUACUAAAGAGCAGUUGGAAAAUACACCAUCAAGGAAAUGUGGUUUCGACGCCUAUAAGGAAUUACAAUGCAGACAACAGGCCGCUAAUUUCAUACAGGACAUGGGACAAAAGUUAAAAGUAUCUCAACUGUGUAUUAAUACAGCAAUAGUCUACAUGCACAGAUUUUAUGUAUUCCACUCCUUCACGAACUUCCCGUGGCAUCAGAUGGCAGCUGCAGCACUUUUUUUGGCCGCGAAAGUCGAAGAACAACCUAGAAAAUUAGAGUACGUUAUUCGAGUAGCGAAUAUCUGCAAAAAUCCCAGAGAUAAAAGUUUUGAUAUUAAUUCUGAAAGAUAUAUAACCCAAUCACAAGACUUAGUUUUUAAUGAAAAUGUUCUACUUCAAACACUUGGCUUUGAUGUUGCCAUAGACCAUCCACAUACUUACGUUGUAAGGUGUUGUCAUUUAGUUAGAGCAAGUAAAGAUUUAGCACAAACUUCGUAUUUUAUGGCUAGUAAUAGUUUACACCUUACAACAAUGUGUAUCCAAUACAAGCCUACCGUAGUGGCAUGUUUUUGUAUAUUGUUAGCGUGUAAGUGGUCAAAUUGGGAAAUACCAUUAUCAAACGAGAAGAAGGAAUGGUACACUUAUGUUGACCAAACUGUAACUGCUGAACUUUUGCAGCAACUGACUAGUGAAUUUUUAGUUAUUUUUGAAAAUUGUCCUUCGAGAUUGAAGGAGAAAAUUAUGGCUAAACAAGAAAGUUCCAGUAGUCCAUUUGAACAAGAAAAGAAACCAGAAAAUAGUUCAAGAACUUUAGAAUUCAAAGGUGAAGAUCCUCAUAAACAUAGAGCCUCUAGACCAACAGAUGCUUUGGCUAGUCAUCGGACUCAAGAACAACGAGAGAGAGAACGCAAAGAAAAAGAACGUAUUGCCCAUAUGAGCGGAAUAACUUUGCCUCAUCCGGCGCAUCAUCAUAGGCCAGAUCCUAAUAAGCUGAAGCCGCACACCCGAACGUCGACGAGUGGCCCUAGUUUUCCUUCGACAAACAGAACCGAACCCAGAGAUAUUUUAAGGGAUGCUAGUAAAGAUUCGCCCUUUGGUGUACCCGCGGUUCGCGAUCCGUAUGUAGCGCGCAGUGAUAAAGAAGUGCCAAAGCGCGACUCGUUACUCAAAUCCAGUGUACAGACCGAUCAGAACAGUUUAACAAAUUAUUCAGAUGUGCGACAACAGCGUAUCGAUCCUAGCCGGCCUAGGGCCGAUCCAACAAAAUCCGCGUCCAAACAAGAAAUGAUGCGGCGGUAUGAGGAACAAAAGCAUCCUCAUAUAAAAACCGAAACGGACAAUAUCAAAAAACAUCUAAGUUCUAGUUUUGAUAAAAACAGUGCUUACCUUAAUAAAUCCUCUUCAAGUUCUACCUCGCAAAAAAUAAAAGAAUCGCCUUUUAAUUUAGAUAGUAAAUCCGUCCCAAAAACUAACACGGUUAACCCCAAGCAGCAACAGUUUAAUGGUAACCCAAAUGGAUCUUAUAAUAAACCUCAAGAAACUGAUGUUAAAAUAAAGACUGAACCUAUUCAUAUAAAAGAAGAAAUUCCUACUCCUCUUGUCAUCAAGCGACCUAGUUUAUUUUCACCUGAACAAACACCGCAGCAUCCUCAACUUCCAAUUACCAAAACUGAACCUGCAUUACCAUCUCUAACCACUUUGACUGCAUUAUCUCCAAUCAAUUCUCCUCCAAGUGUACCAUGUACAAGAAAUCGAAAUUACUCUAGUGGGUCAGAACCAGAACUAAGACCAACCAUGAAAAAAAUAGAUCAAGUCGAAGGAUUUGAAAAUUUGAUGCGUGAUAGCACAAUUGGAAUGACUCACAUGCACAAAAAUGAUUCUGUUUUAGCAAAACCAGAACCAGAAAGUCCCGUUAAAGACGUUAAGCCAAUAGUAAAUGGCUUAGAAACCAACCCCACCCUGAUAAGCAACCUUUUAAAAGAGGUUGCUACCACUUCCCACCUCCCAGGUGUAGCAACUACCUCAAUAAAACAAGAAGUUGUUCAGAAUACGACCGUUGCGAAUUCUUUACCUGAACAAACGAUAGAAAAAGAACACCGCCACAAGAGUAAAAAGAAGAAGGAAAAACACAGGCACAAGGACAGGAGCAAAGGGGAAGAAAAGGAGAAGAAGAAAAAGCACAAGGACAAAGACCGGGAGAAGCACAAGCAUAGAGAAAGGAAGGCGGAGGCUCAACCGUUGCCGAUGAUGAGCGAGCCGAUUAAGAUCACAAUUCAGAAGGACAAGAUUCAGCCGUUGAAUCAGCUCAAAAUUAAGAUUCCUAAAGAUAAAAUUAAGACUGAGGGUAUAGUGGAGCCAAUGACUUUGUCACAUGUUAGUUCAGGAGGUUUAAAAAUAAAAAUUCCUAAGGAUAAAAUCAACAACUGCAAUACAAGCAGUCUCAAUUCCUUGGACGUUUCAAUUAGUAAUAGUAGCCGUAAAAGAGACAGGGAGCGAUCCUCUCCUACCAAUUGUACUCCGACUCCACCUUUGAAGAUUUCCAAAUCGAGUUACAAAGAAUUUAAACAGAAUGGCCGAUAUCCUUACAGUAAGGUGACGCAAGGUGAUGGCGCUACUCCAGUUCUCAGGUUGGCCGAAUCUAAGUAUACCAAGGGCUCAUCGUAAGGUUAAAGCAACAAACAAUUUAAACCUAGAAAAGAGAAAAAAAUAAACUAUGGUGCAAUAGGAAUAUGAAGAAAAUAAUAAGUUUUUUUUUUUUUAAAUUAAUUAAGAGAUUAGUGCGAAUAAGUAAAUUGAUUUCAAAUUUUUUUGUUAUUAAGGGGUGGCUCUUUGUUUGAUUUAUUUAGCAACUUAAUUCAUAUCAAAUUUAAUAGUUUGUUGCUUCUGAGCCUAAAGAUUUAGAUAAUGCCAAUUUGUUCAAAGAGUCACUCGAUAACAUCCAUAUGGUGCUCAAUUAACACAAUUUUCUUGGUAUCUUGCAAAUUUUUUACAUAAUACAUAUUUCCUAUAUUAAUUCAGAGGAUGGCCUUAUUUUAUAUACAUACACCUUUGUUAGGAUACCAAGAAAGUAAUGUUAUAAUAAUUUAUUUCUCUGUCAUCAUGGGUUUAUUUGGAUAUGUCCACAUAUCCAAAUAAACUCAAUUUUGUGCCUUUAUGCUUCUUUUUGUACAUUUUAUGUAAUAUAGUUUCAGUGUGGUGCGGGUGAAUAAUUUCGUAAAACUUGCCUCAUUAUUGUAUAAAUUUUUGGCAAUCUUUGAACGGGCUUGUGUGUUGAAUGUGAUAGGAAAAAAAAAAAAAAACGAAAGAAUAUCCUUUAAAUGUUCGAUCCAAGAGACUGAAAUCCGUUCUUAAUUCGAUAGUGAUGUUUUGGAUCGUGGAUUGUAAAUAUCUAGGACUAUUUUAAUUUAAGGCUGUAAUAUUUAGGCGGGGGCAAUUGUAAGAAUUAUUAUACGUUUUCUUAUUUUCUUCGCUUAUGGUAUUUUUUGCCAUUAACAAAAUACGUUAUUUAUAAUGUAUAACCAAAAACUAGGGGAUUAUAGGCUAUAUGUAAUAAGAUAAGAAAUAAAGGGUUUUAUUUAAAACUUGGCAAAGUAUAAUGAAAUAGUGAUAUUUUUAUUCAAUGAAUUAUUGAAUUCACCUCAACAUAGUUCUCAUAAUAAGUUUCAACUAUUUUAAAUUUAAUUACUGGAACCUUAAUGAGUUGAAGAUUCUUUUGCAAUACUAAGGCUGUCCUACAUUAGAUUAGUUCUCUAUUAAAUUAUUCUGUUUGGAUUUAUUCAAAAGUAUUGGGUUACUUUUAUGAAAGAGACUCUUCAAUUUCCAAUUACCAAAAGUUAGACCGGAUAUUAUACAAUGCUAUUCUGACAAUCCAUUCAAACACUAUUUUGUUAUAAAGCCAAGACAUUAUUUGUAAAAAAUUGGGUUUAUUUUUAAGUUAACAAAAAAGUGGGCUGUGUAGCACAAUGAUUCACUGCCUCGUCUACUUUUCAAGUGCCAAAUUACUUCUUGGACGGCAGUGGCUAAUAAACAUAAUCUCGUGUCUCAUUUUUUUUUUUCUUGAAAAAUCUCCGUAUAGUAAUAAUAAGCAAUUUGCCCCUUAAUAAGGCAAAAUUAAUUAGAAAUGUGAUUAAAAAAUUAAUACUUUAUACACUUAGAACAAAAAAAAAAAAAGACAAAAAAGCAAAAUAUUUUUUACAUUUUCGCAUCAAUUCAAUGAAUUUUGUUGGUGUACAUAUAUUUUUUAAAGUAGGUUCAAUGUGGAAGGCAUUGGCAACGGUGCCUGUUUUGUUUUUAGGUUUUUUUUAAUGUUACUAUUACUUGUAAUUAAUUAUUUAUUGUUAUUUUGUAAUAUAUUUUUAAAUUUUUUUAAAAAAAAAUAUUUGUUUUUACGUUUAUUUUGAUUUAAUAAUAUAACCUGAUUAUCCAAGGGCUACCCUGCAAUUUCAUAAACUAUUAUAAAACCCCAUACAAAGCGAAUAAAUACACUAUUCAAUUAUUUCCUAAGAAAAUACAAUAAACUUUGGAUAAUCAAGGUUCUAUUGUAACUUUCAACAAAAAUCAGAAAUCCAUCAUCACCGAAAUGAUUUCUAAUUUUGUGUUGGCACAAAGACCUGUGCAAUGAACAGUUAUUAAAAACGUUUUUAAUGGUUGGUAAUUUUCUGAUCUGUUUAUCAGAAAUAUGUAAACUAUGAUUAAAUUUGUGGCGUAAAAAGACAAAAUAAAGGUUUAUGAUAAAAUUGGCCACAUGACGGGAAAAGCGUGAAAUUGCUUGCCAGAUGGAGCAAAAACCCAUGAAACUUUCGUUUCAUUAUGUUUUUACUUCCAAAAAAACCUAUAAAUUAGUAGGUAUCAAAGUUUACCCACACAUAUGAGUGGAAAGUCUUUCUUUUUUCCCAUCAAUUAUAAUUAAGUAUGACAUAUAGUUAUAUUUUUAUAGAAUAGAAAAAUUCAAGGAUAUUAUAGUCACUGUAUAAAAAAAUAGCCCUAUUCCUUGAACAAACGAAUGCCUACAUUGAAGCAAUAAAAAUAAAACAUGCUAAUUUUUUUUUGGGCCAAAUAAUAUACCAUAUACCUAACCUAGCUAGGUACAAUCAAUAUUAUUAUUAACAGUUUAGAUUGAAUUAUUAAGCUUUCGAAAAUACGGGUUUUUAGUUUAAAAGUUUUCCGGCAAUUUCUAUCAGUAAAUUUGUAAUUAAUUCGGCCAUACUUACUAAUUUUAGUCGUAAGAUCAUAUUGUGUAUUUGUAAUUAAUUAUUUAUAUUCAGUAAGUUAAAACGGAAUUAAAGUUAUAUAUACUUUU